UCGCCACCCACCCCUGCCCCCGAUCCUGCGGCCGCCCCAUCAUCCUCCGCGCCGCGGCCAAACCUGGAGAACCCGACGACGGCGCAGGACUACCUGCAGCUAGGCAUCGUCCACCACGAGGCGAACCGGUUGACCGAGUCGGCAGCGUGCUUCGAGAAGAGUGCUACGCUGGACGGCGGAUGCGGCGUGGGCAUGCUGAUGUGGGGACUCGCGCAGCGCCACGGAUGGGGCUGCCCGCAGAGCGAGAGCGCGGGUUUCCGCUGGUUGAGGCGCGCUGCGGAGGUGGCGGUGGAAGACCUUGAGAGAGCUAGGGCGGGGUCGGACUCCGGGGCGGUGAAGAGCGAACUCGUCCUCGCUAUAUACGAGGUCGGGCAGAGCUUCUUUCGUGGAUGGGGCGUGGAGAAGGACAAGAAGAUGGCAGUUAGUUAUUUUCGAGUUGCAGCACGGCUCGGGGACCCGGACGCCCAGCAAGACCUGGCGUUCUGUCUUGCGAAUGGCAAGGGCUGCAAGAAGGAUAAGCGAGAGUCGGCGAAGUGGUAUAGAGCAGCGGUCGCGCAAGGGGUCAGCGACGUCGGGCUCGCUUGGAUUUACAAGGAUAAAUAU